CAGCCCGCCCGCCGAGCUAGCCGCAUGCCUCUGUGAGAGAGAGGGGCGCUUCCAGAGCACGCUGCGCUCCCCCCGUCCUUCCUCAUGCUAGAUACGUUCAGACCCGUCCCUUUCGCGUCGGAAAUGGCGAUUAGUAAAUCCGUGGCGUGGCUGAACGAGCAGCUGGAGAUGGGCAACGACCGGCUACUGCUGAUGGACUGUCGGCCGCAGGAGUUAUACGAGUCGUCCCACAUCGAAUCGGCCAUCAACGUGGCCAUCCCUGGCAUCACGGUGGUGCUCUACGACGAGCACAGCCGCGACUGGAACGAGAAUACGGGUGGCGAAUCCGUGCUGGGGCUGCUCCUCAAGCGCCUCAAAGAUGAAGGUUGCAAGGCGUUUUAUCUGGAAGGUGGUUUUAGCAAGUUCCAGGCCGAGUUCGCCUUACACUGCGAAACUAACCUAGACAGUUCGUGCAGCAGCAGCUCUCCUCCUUUGCCAGUCCUGGGCUUGGGAGGCCUCCGAAUCAGCUCCGAUUCAUCAUCAGACAUUGAAUCUGACAUUGACAGAGACCCCAAUAGUGCCACCGAUUCCGAUGGCAGCCCUCUCUCCAACAACCAGCCUUCCUUCCCGGUGGAGAUUUUACCCUACCUCUACUUAGGCUGUGCCAAGGACUCCACUAAUCUGGACGUUUUAGAAGAGUUCGGCAUUAAAUACAUCUUGAAUGUUACCCCCAAUCUGCCUAAUCUCUUUGAAAAUGCCGGCGAAUUCAAGUAUAAACAAAUCCCGAUCUCUGACCACUGGAGCCAAAAUCUGUCUCAGUUCUUCCCUGAGGCCAUCUCCUUUAUAGAUGAAGCACGGGGGAAGAACUGCGGUGUCCUGGUGCAUUGCUUAGCUGGGAUCAGCCGAUCGGUCACAGUCACAGUGGCCUACCUCAUGCAGAAGCUGAACUUGUCCAUGAAUGAUGCCUAUGAUAUUGUCAAGAUGAAGAAGUCCAACAUUUCACCCAACUUCAACUUCAUGGGUCAGCUGCUGGACUUUGAGCGGACUCUGGGACUGAGCAGCCCCUGUGACAAUCGGGUGCCAAACCAGCAGUUGUACUUCACCACCCCUUCCAACCAGAACGUCUUCCAGGUGGAUUCCUUGCAGUCCACGUGA